AUUUUAUGUAGUUGGACAUAACAGUGUAUCAGGGAAAUCAUAUAGGAAGUGACGAACGUGAGUUGAUUAACUAUUACGAUUUUGCUUUUUCUUUUUUUUGCUUUUUUUCUUUUUUUCUUUUUUUCUUUUUUCAAUUCGUGCGUGUUGUGGCAAGCUGGAUUUUAAAUAGCGUGUAACUCAUUGGAUGGAAUGGUGAUCCGAAGGGAUCUUAUCAUCCGACCCAUCUUUGACGUAAUCCGGAGACUGAUCGUCAGCAAUGGGUUUGGGUUCGAAGCCACAGUUGGCUUGAGCCCAAAGUUACUUGGCAUAUCUACUCUCCCUUUCCCGCCCGUUAAUCAACCGCCACUCCUCGCCCGUACUCCAUCCUUCCUUCUUCCACAGCACUCAACGCAUCCCAUUCCCCCUCUUCUUCCACAACCAUCCCUCCUCCUCUGUUACAGAAAACACCCCAACCCACCGCAGUCACACCUGCACACCCAACCCAUGGAGUCCGUCGGAUCCAACUCCCCACCGCAGCCCACCCGCUACGCUGAUCCGGCCCAGCAGGUCGCUGACCGCAUCGUCCGCGCCCUCCGCCACCGCCUCCGCCUCCUCCACCGCGUCGGCCCUGACUUCUUCGUCCUCGGCGCCACCGGCAACGUCUACGCCGUCACCCUCUCCGCCCCCGCCCCCUCCUGCACUUGCCCGGACCGCGCCCCCGUCCCGUGCAAGCACGUCCUCUUCGUCCUCCUCCGUGUCCUCGGCCUCUCCUUCAACGACGCGUGCGUCUGGCGCCGCCAGCUGCGGCCAUGCCAGCUGGCACGGCUCCUGGCGGCCCCAACAGCGCCCGGCGUCCUCGCCGGUGCCCGGGCACGCGCGAGGUUCCACGAGCUCUUCUCCGGGCGGCGUCCCGCAGCGGCCGGGGACGGGGAGGGCGACACGGUCCGCGCGAGGGACGGAGGGGGGACGUGCCCGGUGUGUUUGGAGGAGAUGGGGGCGGGGGAUGGAGGAGACGGGAAGGAGGUGGCCGUGUGCAGCGCGUGCGGGAACUGGGUGCACGGGGAGUGCAUGACGAGGUGGAAGAGGAGCCGGGGGAGGAGGGCGGCGAGCUGCGUGGUGUGCAGGGCGCGAUGGAGGGAGCGGAGGGAACGCAACCGCUACAUCAACCUCUCAGCUUAUGUUAGCGAGGAGGAGGAGACGGAGAAUAUGAACGCCGACGAUGAGGCUGUGGAGGGAUCAUGUGGAGGAUAAUAACAAUGGGUUUGAGUUGAACGCGCAGGUUAUGAUCCCAGGAGUAGUUUGUAUAUAUGUAGUUUCUCUCUAGUUGAAACUCGAAAAAAAAAAAAAAAAAAAAUCAUAAUGCUGGUGAAAGAAAUAAAGAACUUGUCCACCUCUCGAGUCUUAUUUUCGAAAAUUUCCGAUAUCUAUCCUGCCUAAUUUUUUGGAAGAUACUAACCUUAAUGCCAAGA